AUCGCACAGUUUCGCGUGCUUGAUUUUGGCAUGGAAAACUGCAGCCUCUCACUCACUGUCCCUCCAAGAAACAGCACAGAAGAUUUGCUCUAUUCGGAUCUUGGCGACUCUGUAAUUCUUGAUGUCUGGUCUCUACCAGCUAGACAUAAGUUGGACCUAUACAAUCUGUCAUGGUCGAAACUUCCUCGACCGAGGGUACACAUUGGCUACAUGAAUGCGUCAUAUGGAAAUACAUAUCGUAUGCCAAGCUUUCAGUGCAAGUCGCAGUCAUACCAGACAUUUGCAGUCUCCUGCUCUAGCCCUGGUUGUCUUGUGAAUGUCACAGGCAAGGAUAUGGGACCUUCAGGGCUAUACAUGUAUCAGAGUCAAACGAUUUAACUAGGCACGCAACUGAGCUGCGCAGGCAGAGACUUCGUUCACCAAGUCUGACGUGAACUUUGUGGCCUUAGAACAUGGUAGAAAAAUGAAGGAUAUACAACGCCAGUGUACAAUGUGGAUUUACUAGCGAACGCCUCUUGGAUCAAAAAUAGUUUUUUU